AUGGAUAAGAUGGCUUCAGCUUCCUUUAUGAAACGAAGAACAAUCCUUGGGAUCCCUAAUGAAGAACCCAUGGACAGAGUACACCAUCCAAGAAACGACUCUGAGAUGGAGAGCCUGAUUUUGCUCCUGGACAAGCCAACUGCUGGACUGGAUCCUUUCUCAAUGCACCUCAUGUGGAACUUCCUAAAGGAGUGGAAAACUACCAACAUGAUCUCUUUUAGUACCCAGUUCAUGAAUGAGGCUGACAUCCUGCCUGAUAGGGAACUGUCUCUGUCUAAUGGGAAGCUCGGAGGUACAAGGUUGUCUUUGUUUCUGAAGCAGAAAUGGGGUAUUGGAUAUCAUUUAAGUUUGCACAGGAAUGAAAGGUGCGAUACAGAGAGAAUUACAUCCCUCAUCACAAAGCACAUCUCAGACGUAAGAUUAACAGCAGAAAGUGAAGAAAAAUUUGUGUAUACUUCACCCCUGGAGAAAACAGACAAGUUUGCAGAUCAUUGCAGAGACCUUGAAAAUUCUUCUGACCAGAGCAUAAUGAAUUUUGGUGUUUCCAUGACAACUCUGAGUGAGAUAUUCUUGAAUCUAAAAGGCAUAUCAGCAAUGGAUGAGCCAGAUUCUGGUGUUGGGAGACUGGUGGAAAUCAAUGUGACCACAGAUACUGGAGUUGAGCCUGAAGUUGAACAGGCUCUUUGUUCUCUUCCUGAAGUGAAAAAAGCCGUCAAUUCUGCAGCUCUGUGGAGAUGA